ACAGACUGAAAAACAUUUCUAACAGCUUUGUGUUGUGACAAAAAAGAGCAACAGACGAAUGGAAAGAAGAUUAAAACUAACAGCGCUUGACUUUGAAAGAAAAGUGGAUCUUAAACAGUACAGGUUAAGGAGGGAUCACAAGAAAGGAAUACGAUGUGUAGAUCCUGAUGAGAGAAUACGGCAGCAAUACUUCCGGGUGUGGGUUAGAGAGAAGAUACACAGACAAAAUCGCUUCGCUCUUUUGAACCUUGCUUUUAUGUUGGAAGAGCAUGGAGUGAACUUUGGAGUAAAGGGGUGGUUCAUGGACACGCGAGACAGUCCUUUUGGAGUACACGGUGUCGUCGAAGGAACCAAAACGCAAUUUAAGAGAUUUCUAAGCUUCAUGGAGGACUGGAAAGACGAAGAAGUAAUAGACUGCUAUGUUAGGAACAAACACGGAUCAUAUAUAGAAAACUAUACUUUUGAUCGCCUUAUGUACAUUGAAGAUCCAUACACUUAUCACUCUAAUACAAUGGAGGUAAAAAAUGUUGAUAGUGUGUUCGAUGGAAUACUGAGAUGAAAAACACAAGAUUUUUAGAUUUGCUUAGCUUGAUAAAAAUAAUGUAAAUUUUUUGUCUAUAAGU